AUGAUUUCCACCACUACCAAAACCUCCUCCAACGGCGAGGCUCCGCCGGAGGAGAGAUGCUCCGUCGAGGAGGUGGCCCUGGUGGUGCCGGAGACUGACGACCCGACCCUCCCCGUCAUGACCUUCCGUUCGUGGGUCCUCGGCCUUGCCUCCUGCACGAUUUUGAUCUUCCUCAACACCUUCUUCAUCUACAGGACGCAGCCGCUCACCAUCUCCGCCAUCCUCAUGCAGAUAGCGGUGCUUCCCGUCGGGAAGUUCAUGGCGGCGACGCUGCCGGAGAGGGAGUUCACGGUGUUCGGACGGUGGAGGUUCAGCCUCAACCCGGGCCCGUUUAAUGUCAAGGAGCACGUGAUUGUGACGGUCAUGGCUAAUUGCGGGGUCUCGUAUGGCGGCGGCGAUGCCUACUCCAUAGGCGCCAUUACCGUGAUGAAGGCUUAUUAUAAGCAGAGCUUGAACUUCCUCUGCGCUCUGUUAAUUGUCUUGACCACUCAGAUAUUGGGGUACGGAUGGGCCGGGAUGUUGAGGAAGUACUUGGUGGAUCCAGUUGAGAUGUGGUGGCCUUCCAACCUCGCUCAAGUUUCUUUGUUCAGGGCACUUCAUGAGAAGGAACACAAGUCACAAGGCAUGGCAAGGAUGCGAUUUUUCCUAAUAUGCAUGACAGGAAGUUUUGUCUACUACUUAUUCCCGGGAUACCUAUUCCAGAUUUUGACCUUCUUUUCUUGGGUAUGUUGGGUUUGGCCCCACAGCAUCACGGCCCAGCAAAUUGGUUCUGGAUAUCAUGGACUCGGGGUGGGUGCCUUUACCCUUGAUUGGGCCGGAAUCUCGGCAUACCAUGGCAGCCCAUUAGUCACGCCCUUUUCGUCCAUUCUGAAUGUCAUGGUUGGAUUUAUCAUGUUUAUAUACAUCAUAGUUCCGAUUUGUUACUGGAGGUUCAAUACGUUCGAUGCCCGUAAAUUCCCCAUUUUCUCAAAUCAACUUUUCACUUCAAGUGGACACAAGUAUGAUACAACUAAGAUCUUGACCCCACAGUAUGAUCUCAACAUUUCUGCUUAUGAAAGAUAUAGCAAGCUGUACCUUAGCCCGUUAUUUGCACUAUCGAUCGGAUCGGGAUUCGCAAGAUUUACAGCGACACUCACACAUGUCGCAUUGUUUAACGGCAGUGAUAUCUGGAAGCAAAGUCGAUCUGCUGUGAAGAACAUGAAAUUAGACGUACAUGCAAAGCUGAUGAAAAGCUACAAACAAGUACCUCAAUGGUGGUUUCUCGUUUUACUUGUGGGCAGCAUAGCUUUAUCCCUGUUGAUGUCAUUUGUGUGGAAAGAGGAUGUGCAGUUACCAUGGUGGGGAAUGCUCUUUGCAUUUGCUUUGGCUUGGAUUGUAACACUUCCUAUUGGUGUCAUUCAAGCUACUACAAACCAGCAACCUGGAUACGACAUAAUCGCACAGUUCAUUAUUGGAUAUAUCCUUCCGGGGAAACCCAUUGCAAAUCUGCUUUUCAAGAUUUACGGUCGGAUAAGUACCAUUCACGCUCUUUCUUUCCUAGCUGAUCUUAAACUAGGGCACUACAUGAAAAUCCCACCACGAAGCAUGUUCAUGGCCCAGCUGGUGGGGACAUUAGUUUCCGGCACGGUCAACCUUGGCGUAGCAUGGUGGAUGUUGGGAAGCAUAGACAACAUAUGUGAUGUUGAGGCAUUGCAUCCGGAGAGCCCGUGGACUUGUCCUAAAUUCCGAGUCACCUUUGAUGCCUCCGUCAUUUGGGGUCUAAUUGGGCCCGAGAGGCUAUUUGGGCCAGGUGGAAUGUACCGGAACUUGGUCUGGCUAUUCCUUAUAGGGGCUUUCUUGCCAGUUCCGGUUUGGAUACUGAGCAAAAUUUACCCGGACAAAAAAUGGAUCCCAUUGAUUAAUAUACCCGUUAUAUCCUACGGUUUUGCUGGCAUGCCACCGGCUACACCCACCAACAUAGCCAGCUGGAUCAUAACCGGGACUAUAUUCAACUACUUUGUGUUUAAAUAUAAGAAGAUUUGGUGGCAAAGGUAUAAUUAUGUUUUAUCGGCCGCAUUGGAUGCCGGGACGGCUUUCAUGGGUGUUCUGUUGUUUUUUGCUCUGCAAAAUGAGGGCAAGAAUGUAAAAUGGUGGGGUUCGGAGCCAGACCAUUGCCCUUUGGCUACUUGCCCGACUGCACCAGGGAUUCUGGUGGAGGGGUGUCCUGUUUUCAGGUGA